GGCAAGCAGGGCUCACUGUCUGUCACAGAGUGUGUGCACAAUAUCAAGGUGGGCUGUGUUUUGUGGGUUUAGUUUGGAUAUAUUGUAGUAAAGCCCGAUCUCAUCAUGACUGCCGUUCAUCGUCUAGUUAUUGUACGCCAUGGUGAGAGCUCGUGGAACCAGGAGAACCGUUUCUGUGGCUGGUUCGAUGCCGACCUCAGCGAGAAGGGAUUGGAGGAAGCAAAGCGCGGCGCACAGGCCAUUAAAGAUGCCGGAAUGAAGUUUGAUGUGUGCUACACCUCCGUCUUGAAGCGUGCUAUCAAGACACUGUGGCUCAUCAUGGAGGGCACAGACCAGAUGUGGUUGCCCGUAGUGCGUUCUUGGCGUCUGAAUGAACGUCAUUAUGGGGGUCUGACUGGUCUGAAUAAGGCAGAGACAGCAGCCAAGCACGGAGAGGAGCAAGUGAAGAUCUGGCGCAGGUCUUUUGAUAUUCCUCCUCCUCCUAUGGAUAAAGAUCAUGCUUACCACAAGAUUAUCAGUGAGUCAAGACGUUACAGGGGUUUAAAAGAGGGUGAACUUCCCACUUGUGAGAGUUUGAAGGACACCAUCGCUCGUGCUCUGCCUUUCUGGAAUGAUGUCAUUGCACCUGAGAUCAAGGCCGGCAAAAAUGUCAUCAUUGCCGCCCAUGGCAACAGUCUGCGUGGCAUUGUCAAGCACUUAGAGGGCCUGACAGAUGCAGCCAUCAUGGAGUUGAACCUUCCCACCGGCAUUCCUAUUGUUUACGAGCUGGACAAGGACCUGAAGCCCACAAAACCUAUGCAGUUCCUGGGAGAUGAAGAAACAGUGCGCAAAGCCAUGGAGGCUGUGGCCGCCCAGGGCAAAGUCAAAAAAUGAAAAGCCUACAAAGACCCAGAGACUGAAACACACGCAAACUGCUUAUCUUUACCUCUUUCCUUAAAGAUGAAGUGUGUAAUCUCAGUGUCACUGUUGUCACCAAAUGAAGUUGCAAACAGAUUUUAAACAAAACCAUUGUGCCAUUGGUCAGACAAACAGAAUUCAACCUAUUAGUGUUUUACUUGUAUUAAGAUGGGAUGUUUUAUGAUCAAAAAAUUACACACUUCACCUUUAAUAUCAUCCCACACCCUAAGCAUGGCGGAACAGUGCAUCUAUAGAUGUAAGCCCCCACAUCUCAUAUAAAAAGAAAUAAGAGUUAUCACAUGACAUGGAUAUCACUGCCCACCAUCCGUAAACAUUCUCACAUAACGCCACGAAGCACAGCCCGCUCUUGAUUUGUAAACCUUGUGUUGGACUGCCCCACUCUGAUACAGCAAAUAAAAGUGACCACCAUUUUGUGUA